GAGGCGCUCUGGAGUCUUUACUCUUCACCGACACAAAACAAAGAGAAGCAAAUCUUGCAAAGCACGGACCUCACUAAAAUAACAGCUUUCAUUUAAAUUAUGGGCAAAAAACACAAGAAACACAAAUCAGACAAGCACACACACGACGAGUUUACUGAGCGCCCUCUGAAGCUGGUGUUAAAAGUGGCUGGGAAUGAGGUCACCACAGGCAGCCCAAACCUCGAGAGCACAUAUGACGACCAGGUAGAUUACGACAAACACAAAGACAAGAAAAAGAAGAAGAAAAAGAAGGAAGAAAAGGGUCGAAACAGUCCUCCAGUCUCACCGGUUGAUGACAAGAAAAAGAAAAAAAUGACUAAAAAAAGAAAAGGCCCAGACUCUGUAGAACCAGACUGGGAUGAGCAGAGCAGAACUCCUGCUCGCUCUGAUGUUUCCCAGGACAAACCCCAUACCCCCUCGCUUGCCAGAAUGGAAGAUAAAGAGCAGACCCCUCUACAGGAAGCAUUGAGUCAGCUCAUCCGACAGCUCCAGAGGAAGGACCCCAAUGCAUUCUUCUCUUUCCCUGUUACGGACCUGAUCGCCCCGGGAUACACCCUUGUUAUAAAGAGGCCCAUGGACUUUAGCUCUAUGAAGGACAAAGUAAAAAAAGAGCAUUACCAGUCACUUGAGGAACUUAAGCUGGAUUUCAGAAUAAUGUGUGAGAACGCUAUGAUCUAUAACAAACCAGACACCAUUUACUACAAAGCAGCUAAAAAACUCCUUCACUCUGGCAUGAAGAUCCUGAGCCCAGAGAGACUUGACAGUUUGAAGCAGAGCAUAGAGUUUAUGGCGAACCUUCAGACAUCCAACAGUCAGUCAGCAGAGGAUGGAGAGGAGGAGGGUGGAGCGUCUGACCCUGCCAAAGAGAACUCAUCUGUAAUGGACACGAGCGAUAACUCACAGUCACCCCGUGUACCCAACAAAGACACUCCAAGAAGAGACAGUAAAGAUGAUUCUCAGAAGAGUGCCAGCCAAACCGAGAAAGACCUGGAGGAGAUCAAGAAGAUCAUGGAGGAGCAUGGGGGGAAACUUUCUAACAGAAGCCUGCAAUGUGAGCUGGAUUUUGAGAGAAGAAAAUCUGAUGGCUCAACCACCCUGGGUAUCCUGAACCCUGCCGACUUGAGCGCUGGAGAUCCUGGGUACUGCCCGGUCAAAUUGGGCAUGAUGGGAGGAAGACUUCAAACUGGAAUCAAUACCCUUCAGGGCUUCAAAGAGGACAAGAGAAACAUGGUGACUCCAGUUACAUACAUAAAUUAUGGCCCAUAUAGCUCAUAUGCACCAACAUAUGACUCCAGUUUUGCCAACAUUAGCAAAGAUGACUCUGAUCUUAUUUAUUCCUUCUAUGGCGAGGAGAGCAGUGACCAAGGCUAUGAAAGCAUUUCAGAUUGCCUCGUUAAAACCGAGGAGCACAUGAGCAGGUUAGCAGAUAAUAUUCUGGAUGCUUUGACCAAUGGAGAGCACUCCAGACAACUGAAGGAGACCGAACCUGAGAAUCUGCAAGGGGAGGAGCCUGUAGAGAAAGCAGACACAACGGAUGAUGUUGAGGUUGUUGGCUCAGAGCCUAGCAGUGGCAAUAUUACAACCGCUCUCACUUCAAAUCUUGACCUUCCUGAGAGCUUCGACUCUGACGAAACACAGAAUUUCCAGCAGAAGCUGGAUGAGACGACACUGUUGCUGAGGGAGUUGCAGAAGGCUCAGAAAGAGAGAUUAAGUGCUAAACAGCCACCCAACAUCAUCUGCCUGCUGGCUCCUACUGCUAAAGAACUCCAGCUUGCGGAGAAAGUUACAGGUAAUCUGACACAGUUGACUAGUCAGGUGAACCCUGGUGAUGUGUGCAGUAUAUAUGGUAUCAGGAAGGCCAUGGGUAUUUCACUGCCAAGCAAUGCCACAGAGGACACCUUUGUACACCUGACCACAGUGGGAGAAAUAGCUGAACCCAUGGAAGGAGUGUGCUGAGAUGGCAGUCUAUCUGUUCUGCUUAUUCUCAAUCCUCCCCUUGAUGAUGCUGUUUGUGUUUGACAUUUGUUUGCAUUUCAUUAAUAAACAUCUUUUUUAAGUAUU